GGUAGGGGCGGGGUCUUGCGUGCGGACGCUGCGUCGGCUAUAAAAGGGCCGUCGCGGAUCUGCCGUCCGUCAGAGCGCGUCGGCGAGGCGAGCAGAGCGGGUUCCUGCUUCAACAGUGCUUGGACGGAACCGGCCGCGCUCGGGCCCGCCGCCCCCACCACCAACACUUAAUCCGCCGUCGAAUCUACCGACUCAACACCUUAAGGUAACGCCAUGGCAGCGCCCGUUUCCCAGGUGCGUCAGAACUACCAUCAGGACUGCGAAGCCGCCGUCAACCGGCAGAUCAACCUGGAGCUCUACGCGUCCUACGUGUAUCUCAGCAUGUCCUACUAUUUUGACCGGGACGAUGUGGCCCUGAAGAACUUUGCCAAGUACUUCCUGCAUCAGUCCCACGAGGAACGUGAGCAUGCUGAGAAACUGAUGAAGCUCCAGAAUCAGAGGGGUGGGCGCAUCUUCUUGCAGGACAUCAAGAAGCCAGAUCGUGAUGACUGGGAGAACGGCCUCACUGCAAUGGAGUGCGCCCUGCACCUGGAGAAGAACGUGAACCAGUCACUGCUGGAGCUGCACAAACUGGCAACUGAAAAGAAUGAUCCACACUUGUGUGACUUCAUUGAGACUCACUACCUGGAUGAGCAGGUGAAAGCCAUCAAGGAGCUGGGUGACCACGUUACCAACCUGCGGAAGAUGGGGGCCCCCAAGUAUGGCAUGGCCGAGUACCUGUUCGACAAGCACACCCUUGGGGACUGCGACAACCACAGCUGAAGCCUGGCCAGAGCUGCCCUGCGCCUUGCAGCGGGGCUCCAGUGUUACUGUCCAGCCGUGCAUGCAUCUUCAGCUAUUGAGAUUAAACAGUUCUAAUACUCUGUACCAAAUAUCACCCUUCUUUUCUCUUGUGUUUUGUGUAUCGCCCUCCAUCCAAUAAAGUGACUUGGUUCAAGCUGG